GGCGAGGGUGUUUAAAGGACCGCAGCCGCGGCGCGUGGCCAGCAAUCGCUGCCAGCGGGUCCGGUUGUUGGAUGAUCCGGGGCCCGGUGACCAUUCCCACAAUAACAACAAUGCCGACGGUCUCUGCCUCGCAGCCGCCGCCUCUGCUCAGCGCCCACCUCAGCCACCCCCUCACCGGGCACCAGGGACCAGGGUGCCUGCGGUCCAGGCCCGGGGCAUCGGUGGCGUUGUCGGCCGAGCAGCUGAUCCUCCGCUGCGUUGCCCUGAAGCCGGGCAGCUGCGGCCCCAGGUCGCCGCCGGCCCGGGCAGGGGGAGCCGGAGCAGCGGGGGCGCAGGCUUGGCGGGUCCGGCUGAAGGUCGGCGCCCAGCGGCCGCGGGAUGUCCGCACCAUCUUCCAGCAGGCCGAGGACCCGCGGGUGCCGGAGGAGAAGGGCGAGGGACACCGCUUCGGGCCGUGUACCUUGCACACCUGGUGCGACCUGUGCGGCCAAACCAUCAGACCGGACGGGACGAGCGUCCGCUGCCACAAUUGCAAUUACACUGCCCAUCAAAUGUGCAGGAACUUCAUCAAACUUGAUUGUCACCAAAGGGAACAACUCUCAAAAGAAAAAAUCAGCAUUGAAGUUGAAAUGGUGCAGCCUGAAACUGAGAAUGUGGCAAUUAAAGAAGAAGAGAAACCAAAGGCCCUUACGGAAAAGGAGAUUAAACAAAAAAUUGAAGAAUACAAUGGAAAAGUUAAAAACUGCUUGGGAAUGCGCUUAAAUACGGAUGGUAGUUAUACAGGGUUCAUCAAAGUCCACCUGAAAUUGCGCCGCCCUGUCACAGUCCCUGCAGGCAUCAGACCACAGUCUAUCUACGACGUGCUCAAGGAGGUGAACCCAGCAGAAAUAACAAACAAGCGGACGUCAUUUUACCUACCCCUGGACGCAGUCAAGCAGCUUCACAUUACUAGUGGCACGACAGUCAAUGAAGUGAUCACGGGCCUACUGAAGAAGUUCAUGGUCAUUGACAAUCCCCAGAAAUUUGCUCUCUUCUACCAGACAAAAAAAGGGAAUGAUGUGCAUUUGCAGAAACUCAAAGGAACUGAACAACCCCUUUUAAUCCGUCUUUUGGCUGGCCCAGACACUGAAGCCUCAACUUUUGCAUUGAAAGAGAAUGAAACCGAGGAAGUUGAGUGGGAUGCCUUCAGUGUGCCCGAAUUGCAAAAUUUCCUCAUUAUAUUGGAGAAAGAAGAAAAGGAGCGUAUCCAUCAAGCUCGGCAAAAGUACAUCACAUUUCGUCAAAAGCUGGAGCAAGCCUUGAAGGCAGCCGGGAAGCCGGGAUAACCGGAGUGACUAUAAACGUGAAUCUAUCUUUCAUUUUGCUCAGAUCAUUUGAGCAGAUCAUCUCAUGGGACAUGUGCAACAAGGCAUCAGCAAGCAUUGCCGUAGAUCUCAGACUGCUGCUCUGGUGACAGAUUCCGAACAUUGCUGUGUGUGCAGAGCUACACUUUGGACUAACCAAAGCACCUGUCGCUUUUUCCUAACAUGUUUUAAAUAA